GUUUUCUUGAUGACAGGGUCAACAAUAUGGCGCUCUCCAUGGAUUACAGAGAUGCUUACUUGUUUUAUUAUCGACAACGUUUGCUAGUACAUUUAAUAAACUAAGUGUUAUCGGGUUAACUUUUCAUUUCGUUAAUUAGUUUAAGUUAGUUAGUUUGACGCCUGAAUAGUAACCAUGUCUGGGUCAAAUGCCUGGAGUCGCAGUCGAGAGAAAAUGAGACUUUUCCCUGAACUUUUUGCACAGUGUGCAGGAGAGGCAGCAACGUAUGGAAAGUGUGUGGCAGCUACCACAACAGGCAAACAGGAGCUGAGGAAGGACAUGUGUGCCAAGGAAUUUGAAGCACUGAAGACCUGCUUUACAGCUGCAGCCAAGAAGAAAGCCAAAUGAAUGCAAACUCCCGGCUUUGUUCGAGCUGUAAAUUCAGUGGAAAGAGACGUCGGGAAUAUUCCAAGUGUUGCUGGACUUCUGCUGCCGCGUCGUGAAAACACAACACGUCCUCUACUUGGCACCGUCAAUGAACUGGUGUUAAAAAAUUUACUGCUGCUGGUCUUUAAUAUGAAAGAAUGAAUGUAAUAUACAGAGGUGAAUAAAACAAUGGUGUUACGA